AUGAUCCGUGUGAUGCGACAAAUCCUCCCCUCAAAUGCCAAAAUAACCGAUGAGGCCAAAGAAACAAUUCAAGAGUGCAUCUCCAAGUUCAUCAACUACAUAUCGGAGGAGGCCAACGAGAUACGUAAGGUGGAACAACGUAAGGUACCGGAGGGUAAGGAUGACUAUAUCCAAGCUCUACGAAUGAGGUUGUUUAGGCCCAUUGCUGUUAGGCCCGGUGCAGCGAUAGUCCCGCCACCUAUCAUGGCGGAUCCCUAUUUCUACCCUUGUGAAGGAGUGGGCAUUGGUGGUGGUGGUCAUGAUGAAUAUAUUGGGCAAGGGUAA